CGGGACGGUGAGAGAUACCGGGGACAUGAACGAGCUCGAAAUGGAAGCAUUCCUUUAAUGUACCGGCUCUGAACAAACCAUACAGCUCGAGCUUGGGCUGCGAAAACCGGGAUUCGCGCUCGUUCAGCGUUAUUGAUCCAAAACGGUGGAGCCAACAGCAAUGUAGGAUGUAUCGACUGAGAGGAUCACUGGGGCCAGGGACGUGUAGUCGAGAGGACGGAGCGCCGACAAAUGGGACGUCUUUUCGGGUCAGCGAUACGAGAGGGCUUGCCCGGCGUGCAAAAUCACGUAUGAACAUUCGUACCACGCCAACCGUGCCAAGGAAAGCACGGACUUCGGACAGAUCACAGCACGGUCCCCAACUGGCUAUCUUCUCGAUGCGGGAGGGGUCAGGGAUGCGCCCUUCGUACGUGCAGACGUGGCCAAGGACGGUGAUCGUUUCGGCGCAUAAAAUGGCCUUGGGCCCAGAAAAGUGCUCCCAGACAAAUCGUCGAAUCCCCGGAUUGUCUGGAAUGACCUCGUACCCGCCGCCGGGGAGCUCGUAACGGGUGGAUGGUCCACGGACUGGGGUGUCGUCGAUGUAGGGAAUUGUGAAGUGAGGGAUUUCGGGCUGAAGGAUGAAGGUAAACUGAGAUCAAGGAUGCCGCCACAUGCGCGGCCCGCAAACUGCUCGGCAACUUGAUCGGUGAGUGGUGGAACACCCGAGUGCUGAAUGGUGACAGCGUUUAGCGGCUCGAGACUGUGCACAAGACGGAGGCUGCUGCCGUCCUUCUUUACCACGCAGAACCAGCGCGACCGGUAUGAUGAAUUUGACGAUGCCUGGUGGAACGGGAAUGUUGCGCUGGACCCAUGGCUUGUGUGGGACCACUGGCAUGAUCACGGGGUGAAAGAAGUCGACACAUGAAAUGGUGCAUUAAUCGUCGUUCCUCGGGCCACAGGAAGUCCCC